AUCUUAACACAGAAAUCUGUCGUGGUCUAUGAAUUAACAAAUGAGCCAAUUGAUACAGCAAAAAGCAUUCGACAUAGUCAUUGGGGUGGGUUCAUUCAAAGUAGUGGAGUAUUUACAAUCGGUGAAGUAGCGAAUCCUAAUGCAGGAUUUGUUGGAUCUUAUCAAGGUUAUAUGUAUAGUACUUUAGGUAUCCCCUAUUCCAAAUUACAACCUUUAUAUAUUACUCCUGGUGCUAAUGUGUAUGAAUGA